CCACCAUGCAUCGUCUCAUAGUCUCUGCCAUCCUCUUUUCCUUCUUCACUAUUCUCAUUCUUUCAGAUGCUAGUUCUAUUGGAGUGAACUACGGGCGCGUGGCCGACAACCUUCCGUCGGCGGUUAAGGUUGUUAAGCUACUAAAAUUACAGGGCGUAGAUCGGGUCAAGUUAUACGACACCGACCCGGCUGUGCUCCGGGCAUUAUCUGGCUCCGGGAUCAAAGUAACAGUGGAUCUACCCAACGAGCAACUCUACCUGGCAGCCAAGAAACGCUCGUUCGCCGAAUCAUGGGUGGAAAAAAACGUCGUCGUUUACCACCCUCGCACCGAAAUCGAAGCAAUUGCAGUGGGCAACGAAGUGUUCGUAGACUCUCACAACACGACGAAGUACCUAGUACCUGCAAUGCGGAACAUUCACGAAGCCCUUGUGAAACACAACCUUGAAAGAUUCAUCAAGGUCUCUUCCCCCAUCGCACUCACGGCUCUCGGAUCCUCCUACCCGUCGUCGUCUGGGUCUUUCCGACCUGAACUCGUGGAACCCGUUUUCAAACCGAUGUUGAACUUCAUCAGAGAAACGGCGUCGUACCUUAUGGUCAAUGUGUACCCGUUCUUCGCUUACGAGUCAAACGCUGACGUCAUCUCAUUGGACUACGCUCUGUUUCGUGAGAACCCGGGGAGCGUGGACCCGGGUAACGGGUUGAGAUACUUCAAUUUAUUCGACGCCCAAAUCGACGCUGUUUUUGCGGCGCUAUCUGCUCUCAAAUACGACGACGUAAGGGUCGUUGUGAGCGAAACGGGUUGGCCUUCUAAGGGAGACAGUGAUGAGGUGGGUGCGUCCCCACAGAACGCCGCUGCGUUCAACGGAAACCUCGUAAGAAAGAUCCUCACCAACGGUGGGACCCCCUUAAGGCCCAACGCCAAUCUCACCGUUUAUCUGUUCGCGCUUUUCAACGAAAACCACAAGGUGGGACCCACCUCGGAGCGAAAUUUUGGACUGUUUUACCCCGACAUGAAGAAGGUCUACGACGUCCCGUUUACGUUGGCGGGGAUGAAGGCUGCCUCGCCGGCGGGAAGGGGUCCGGUCGCCGGCGGCGUUUCCAAGAGGAGCGGUGGCGGGAAGAGCGCGUGGUGCGUGGCGAACCCUCACGCGCAAGAGGAGAAGCUGCAGAAGGGUUUGGAUUAUGCAUGUGGAGAAGGGGGCGCUGAUUGCCGUCCGAUUCAGAUGGGUGCCACGUGUUACGAUCCUAACACGCUUGUAGCUCAUGCUUCGUUCGCGUUCAAUAGUUAUUAUCAGAAAAAGGGGCGUGCGAGUGGGAGUUGCUACUUCGACGGUGCGGCUUACGUGGUCUCCCAGCAACCUAGUGAGUAUUCCAUGAAAUUCCUUGUUAUGGUACCUGUGAGUUUCCCACAGAAUACUGAAGAGGAAUGA